ACCAAGCCGAGGCUCCAGACAAAGAGGCGGAUGGGCAUGCAAGGUUGCAUGGAUCCACUCACUUCAAAUAUUUCAAGGCUCUUGACAUUACAAUUUGCUUCCGUUUCUUCAAAAGCAGGUAAAGGGUAAGUUUGUAGCAAGAUUGAAUCAUGAGUACAACAGCACUUAAGGCCUCAAAAGUGCAGACGAGUCCCUUUGAAGGUCAGAAGCCAGGAACAUCAGGUCUCCGGAAGCCGGUCGACACCUUUAGGACACCAAAGUAUACGGAAAAUUUUGUUCAGUCCAUCCUCAAUGCGAUACCCGAAACAGAGCUGAAUGGUUCUACUCUAAUCGUUGGUGGAGAUGGAAGGUAUUUUAUGAGUGAAGCCAUCCGCAUUAUAAUUCAAAUUGCCGCAGCGAACAAGGUUGGCAAAUUAAUCAUUGGCGAAAAUGGAAUUCUAUCAACACCAGCAGUCUCCUGUCUCAUCAGGAAGAACAAAGUCUUAGGUGGUAUUAUUUUGACUGCAAGUCAUAACCCUGGAGGACCUGAAGGAGAUUUUGGAAUCAAGUAUAAUACAUCUAAUGGAGGGCCAGCCCCAGAGAAAAUCACAAGUGCCAUAUUUGACGAAACUACAAAAAUAACAGAGUUCUGUUUAGUUGAGAAUAUUGAUGUUGAUCUUAGCAAAGUGGGUUGUACAAAAUAUGACCUUGAUCAGAGGACAUUUGAAGUGGAGAUUGUUGACUCUGUGGUUGAUUAUGUGGCAUUCAUGAAAGAGAUAUUCAAUUUUCCUCUGUUGAAAUCAUUUUUGCAAAGUUUCAAGAUAGUUGUAAAUGGAAUGAAUGGAGUUACUGGCCCAUACUUGAAGGCAAUUGUUUGUGAUGAGCUUGGAGCUCCAAAAGAAUCAACAAUUAACUGUGUACCACAGGUAGACUUUGGAGGAAAACAUCCUGAUCCAAAUAUGACAUAUGCUGCAGACUUUGUUGAACUCAUGCAAAAUAGUGAUUUUAAAUUUGGAGCAGCUUUUGAUGGUGAUGGGGAUCGUAACAUGUUACUGGGUGAACAUGCAUUCUUCAUAAAUCCUUCAGAUUCCAUAGCAGUUAUAGCAGCAAAUGCAGACUCUAUUCCAUACUUUAAAAGUCGUGGUCUUAAAGGUGUCGCACGCAGUAUGCCUACAAGUCAGGCAUUAGACAGGGUUGCAGUUGGUCGUGGGAUGGAAUGCUUUGAGGUCCCUACAGGAUGGAAGUUUUUUGGAAACCUGAUGGAUGUAGGAAAGGUUGCACUUUGUGGAGAAGAGAGCUUUGGUACUGGCUCUGACCAUAUUAGAGAAAAGGAUGGCAUUUGGGCAUUUCUAGCGUGGCUAAGCAUUCUAGCAUGCACAAAGAAGUCAGUUAAAGAUAUCAUCGAACAACACUGGCUUACAUAUGGGAGAAACUAUUAUACAAGAUACGAUUACGAAAAUGUGUCUGCUGAAUCUGGCAAGAAAUUAAUUCAACGUCUUCGAGAUUUGGUGAAAAACCAAACUUUGAUCGGAAAGAAUUUUAAUGGAUUUGUUGUGAAGAUGAUGGAUGACUUCCAAUAUACUGAUACCAUCGAUGGAAGUGUUUCAAAAGAACAGGGUAUUCGAAUUAUGCUGGAAGAUGGUUCAAGAAUUGUAUUUCGUCUGAGUGGAACCAGCAGUACUGAUGCUACGAUCAGAAUGUACAUUGAAAAAUAUGAACCAAAGCCAAACCUUUCAAAGCAAGCACAAGACGUUUUACAAUGUCUUGUGGACGCUGGACUCGUGAUAUCCAAUUUGAAAGACAUAACUGGAAAGGAAAAGCCUACAGUAACUACUUGAUGUAUGACGCUACUAUUCACUGCUUUGAUAGCAAAAACUAUUGGCUGCUCGCGGUAGCUUUAGCUUUUUGAUAAAAUUCAACCUUUCCCUCCCUAGCCUACUAGGAACCUUCUGUAUUGAAAAUUUUUUUUAAGUAAGGCCAACUGAAGGCUUAUGACAAAACACUCUCUGCCUGAAUACAAACCUUUGAACGCCUCAAGUCUGUUGACGAAGUAUACAAGGCAAGCUCAAGAAAGCGUGCAAAUUGCCUAUUUUCUAUUGUAAGUAUGCCUUGCCAUGGCAUUUUCCCAUUUCAUCCAUUUUGUCAUAGUGUUUUGCCAGUACACCUUGCUUUGAAAAAAACACCAGGUCCUACGCUUAAAGAAACUUGGAAAGGUGGCUUGAAGGACGAAAAGGUUGUUGGAACUGUUCAAGUUUUUAAGGAUUGUUUAGCCUUCUGCUCAUUCACUUUUUACAAAGGGCUCAAUACAGUCUUAUCUAACUGGCUUGGAUUUUGAGACAAAAUUGCUGUUACAUACAUCAAAUUGUUUUUCAAUAUUUGUAUCAUAAACGAACAAUGUUUUAACGACGUUGAUAAUUCUUGAAAAACAAUUCCAGCUAACUCCAGUAUUAAUUCCAUGCAAUUUUGUUUAAGAUUGUACAGAAAAGGUAAACAUUGUAACUUUGGAGUACCAGGGUAAACUGCAUGUCCUUAAGGGUUAGCUGGGCUCUCCCAGGGAUUGUCAUUUUCCUUUAAGUUCAGUACAACAAACCUCGCAAUAUUUCUACAAUUUUUGCAACUUGCAAUUAGCAAUUAGCAACAAAAUUUCUGCAUCAAUGGAAGUUAAUCUGAAGAUCCACUUGUUUAAGUAUGAGGUUUUUUCUGAAUUUUGGGCUGUUUUUCUCAAUGUGCCAAACGCUUCAAAUGAACUCCAUGAACUAGCCGCCGACUAAGAGUCAUAACACUUAUUAUUAAGCUGCUUAACUCCUUAGCAAUACUACAUGAAAUAUUUUUUUAAUUACCAUACAUCACGCAUCCUGUACAUUGUUUCAUAUCAAUUAUAUUGUCUCAUUUGCUGUGGAAUUGUACCCAGAAAGGUAUGCAUUUUCCCUCUGUUGUCGAUACUCAUGCCACGUCCCUAGACUGCUAACAAAAAGCAAAUUAAAAGUAUGUGAGAAUCUUGCUGCAAUGUUGAUAACAAUUUGAUUUAUUAAUUGCAAUAUUUAUUUAUUCAUUAAAUAAAACUCAGCU